GAUCACAAAAUUGAGAUUGUUGAAAAAUGGAAACACCGCAUGUGUUAAUCUUCCCAUGUCCAGCACAAGGCCAUGUAAACACAAUGCUCAAGCUAGCUGAACUUCUUUUAAUUCAAAAUCUUCACAUAACAUUCCUAAACACUGAAUACAUCCACAACAGACUCAUUAGUUUGAAUAUUGAUGAUGUUAAAUCAAUUUCACAAUGUUACCCUAAGCUUCAAUUCAAGACCAUCUCUGAUUUUCAAAAUAAGGAGAAGCAUCCUGGAUUUGGAGAAAACAUUGUAGAUGUAAUUUCCUCCAUAAAUAUGUAUGGUAAGCCUUCUUUGAGAGACAUUAUUGUCUCUGAGAAAAUAAGUUGCAUUAUUUUAGAUGGAGGUUUUGGUGACCUUGCUACUGAUUUGGCUGCUGAAUUUGGGAUACAGUUGAUACAUUUUCGUACUGUUGCUGCUAGUACCGUCUGGAUUUAUUUCUGUAUGCCCAAACUCUUGGACUGCAACGAGAUUCCCAUUAGAGGAGACGAGGACAUGGAUCGCAUCAUAAGAAACGUGCCAGGCAUGGAGAACAUAAUUCGAUGUAGAGAUCUUCCACGUUUCGGUACAUCAAACAAAAUGGACCAUAUCAUUUUAGACAAAGUUUUACAACUAACCCAAGCAUCACUUAAAGGCAAUGCAGUAAUACUCAACACAUUUGAAGAUUUAGAGUCCCCAAUUCUCUCCCAAAUUCGUCUCCACUUCCCCAAACUCUACACUAUUGGCCCACUUCACCACCACCUCAAUACCAUGAAAAAAACAACAUCAUCAUCUUUCAACUCCAAUUUCUUCAAAGUGGAUAGAACCUGCAUGACAUGGCUCGAAUCUCAACCGUUGAAGUCAGUUGUAUAUGUUAGCUUUGGAAGCACCACAACAAUGACGAGAGAAGAAAUACUUGAGUUUUGGCACGGUUUGUUGAACAGCAAAAAAGCAUUCUUGUGGGUGAUUAGACCAAACAUGGUACAAGAAAAAAGACUAAUAAAAGAACUUGAGGAAGGGACUAGUAAGGAGAAAGGUUUGAUUGUGGAGUGGGCUCCACAAGAGGAAGUUUUGUCACAUAAGGCAAUUGGUGCUUUUUUGACACAUAGUGGAUGGAAUUCUACUUUGGAGAGUGUGGUUUGUGGUGUGCCUAUGAUUUGUUGGCCUUAUUUUUCUGAUCAACCGCUUAAUAGUAGGUUUGUGAGUGAGGUUUGGAAGCUUGGAUUGGAUAUGAAAGAUGUUUGUGAUAGGAAUGUUGUUGAGAAUAUGGUGAAUGAUAUUAUGGUGAACAAGAAGGAGGAGUUUUCAAAAUCUGCUACUAAAAUGGCGGAUUUGGCUUCCAAGAGUGUAAAUCCUGAUGGUUCCUCCUACAACAACCUCCAAGAUUUGAUUCAGUAUAUAAGGUCUACUAGCCCAUAAAAUAUGGGGUGUCCCCUACAAUUCUCCUACUAAAAACUUCUCAUAUUUUUAUGUCUAUCAACAUCACAAAAAGAAGUAUGUAUUUGAAAUACAUACUUCAAAAACAUCGAGGGACAAAGACUGUAUCCUCAUAAAAUAAUUUGAUCACUCUUCUUGUCUCUUUUGUAUUUUUUUUUUUUUUGUCAACAUUUCAUUUGUGUCCAAUUACUUUUUAGUUUAUCGAAGACGAGUGGUUUUGAGUAA